UCCGUAGAAGCUGAGCGUCAAAUUCAGGGCAUUCUGUAAACUUCCACGGCCUUCUUCUCCUCACCGCCGGGAACUUUCUAAAACCCUUCUUCCCAAUAUUCUCUAAGAUCCUCUCGUCUCUUUCUUCGAGUCCAAGUCUAUCGCUCGAGAAGCUCUCGCCAUGGUGGGCAGGGCAGCCACUACAAGGCUAGCAAGGUCCGCUUACGCCGCGGCCCGUCGCCGCUACUCCCCUCACUCCUCCCUUCGCCUUCUCUCCUCGCCCUCCCCGCCGAUCCUUGGGCGUCCUGGUGCUCCAUUCCCGCCUUCUAUCGGAGGCAGAGAUGUGAUCAGAGCCCCGGGCUCUAUCGGGAGUCGGGAGAAGGGCUUCCUCUGUCGCCACUUCCACUCGACUUCUCCUUCUCAGUACAGCUAUGCAAGCUCUUCUCAGAUCAACCAAGGAGAAUUCACUGAAAUGGCAUGGGAGGGGAUAAUUGGUGCUGUAGAAGCAGCACGACAGUGCAAGCAGCAGGUUGUGGAAUCUGAGCAUUUGAUGAAAGCCCUUUUAGAGCAGAAGGAUGGUUUGGCUCGGAGAAUAUUCACCAAGGCUGGAAUCGACAACACAUCGGUGCUGCAAGCUACGGAUCAGUUUAUAUCUGGGCAGCCCAAGGUAGUUGGUGAUACAAGUGGGCCGAUAAUAGGAUCAAGUUUUGUAACUGUAUUGGACAGUGCCAAGAAGUAUAAAAAGGAGUUCAAUGAUGAUUUUCAGUCAGUUGAGCACCUUGUGCUAGGAUUCUGUUCAGACAAAAGGUUUGGACAACAGUUGUUCAAGGACCUCCAACUUAGUGAGAAACAGUUGAAGGAUGCUGUAUUAGCUGUACGUGGAAAUCAAAGAGUCACUGAUCAGAAUCCUGAAGGAAAAUAUCAGGCACUAGAGAAAUAUGGGAAUGACUUGACAGAGCUUGCUAGACGAGGUAAACUGGAUCCUGUUAUUGGUCGUGAUGACGAAAUACGGCGUUGCAUUCAGAUAUUAUCUAGGAGAACGAAAAACAAUCCGGUCAUUAUUGGUGAGCCUGGUGUUGGAAAAACAGCGAUUGCUGAAGGAUUAGCCCAACGGAUUGUGCGAGGGGAUGUUCCUGAACCAUUAUUAAAUAGGAAGCUGAUUGCAUUGGAUAUGGGAUCUUUGGUUGCUGGGGCUAAAUUUCGAGGAGAUUUUGAGGAAAGACUGAAGGCUGUUCUUAAAGAAGUCACUGCGUCCAAUGGACAGAUCAUUUUGUUCAUUGAUGAGAUUCACACUGUUGUUGGUGCAGGAGCUACUGGUGGAGCAAUGGAUGCUGGCAACUUGCUAAAGCCUAUGCUAGGCCGGGGGGAGCUCCGUUGUAUUGGAGCAACCACACUAAAUGAAUACAGGAAAUACAUUGAGAAGGAUCCUGCUCUGGAGCGUAGAUUCCAGCAGGUUUACUGUGGUCAGCCAUCUGUGGAUGACACCAUCUCUAUACUCCGUGGGCUUCGUGAACGCUAUGAACUGCAUCAUGGUGUUAAAAUAUCAGACAGUGCCCUUGUUGCAGCUGCCGUUCUGUCAGAUCGGUACAUAACUGAACGGUUUUUGCCUGACAAAGCCAUUGAUCUUGUUGAUGAAGCAGCUGCAAAGCUGAAAAUGGAGAUAACAUCUAAGCCUACAGAGUUGGAUGAGGUUGAUAGAGCAGUGUUGAAGUUAGAGAUGGAGAAACUCUCAUUGAAAAAUGACACAGAUAAAGCAUCUAAAGAACGGCUGAGCAAGCUGGAAGCUGAUCUAGCAUCUCUUAAACAAAAACAGAAGGAGCUUGCACAACAUUGGGAACAUGAAAAAGCACUCAUGACUCGAAUUCGAUCAAUUAAAGAGGAGGUUGAUAGAGUCAACUUAGAGAUGGAAGCUGCUGAACGUGAAUAUGAUUUGAACCGUGCUGCCGAACUCAAGUAUGGGACGUUGAUGUCUUUACAGAGACAGCUGGAAGAGGCUGAGAAGAAUCUUGCCGAAUUCCAGCAGUCAGGACAUUCAAUGCUUCGAGAAGAGGUCACAGACUUUGAUAUUGCUGAGAUUGUCAGCAAGUGGACAGGCAUCCCGAUCUCAAACCUUCAACAGUCAGAGAGGGAUAAACUGGUUAUGUUAGAAGAUUUCCUCCAUAAGAGGGUGGUGGGUCAGGAUAUUGCAGUUAAAUCAGUGGCUGAUGCUAUCCGUCGUUCUAGGGCAGGUCUUUCCGACCCAAAUCGACCUAUAGCAAGCUUCAUGUUUAUGGGACCUACAGGUGUUGGUAAAACAGAGCUUGCAAAAGCCCUUGCAGGUUACCUUUUUAACACAGAGAAUGCCCUUGUAAGGAUCGAUAUGAGUGAGUACAUGGAAAAGCAUGCAGUCUCCCGCUUGAUUGGUGCACCACCUGGCUAUGUUGGUUAUGAGGAAGGGGGCCAGCUGACUGAAGUUGUUCGACGGAGGCCUUAUUCUGUCGUUCUUUUUGAUGAAAUUGAGAAGGCACACCAUGAUGUCUUCAACAUUCUUUUGCAGCUAUUGGAUGAUGGGAGGAUUACAGAUUCACAGGGAAGGACAGUCAGUUUUACAAAUUGUGUUAUUAUAAUGACAUCAAACAUUGGUUCACACUACAUCCUAGAAACUCUUCGUAACACAACAGAUACCAAGGAUGCAGUGUAUGAACUGAUGAAAAGGCAGGUUGUUGAGUUGGCCAGGCAAACAUUUCGUCCAGAAUUUAUGAACCGAAUAGAUGAGUACAUCGUCUUCCAGCCACUUGACACUAAAGAGAUCAACCGUAUUGUUGAGUUACAGUUGAGCCGUCUGAAAGACAGGCUUAAACAGAAGAAGAUCUAUCUUCAUUUCACCCCAGAAGCAGUUGAAGUCCUGGGAACUCUUGGCUUUGACCCAAAUUUCGGGGCCAGACCGGUGAAGAGGGUGAUACAGCAGAUGGUGGAAAAUGAACUGGCUCUAGGGGUGCUGAGAGGAGAUUUUAAAGAAGAGGACUCGGUCAUCGUGGAUGCCGACAUCACCCCAGCGUCAAAAGACCUUCCCCCACAAAAUAAGCUGGUUAUCAGGAAACUAGAAAAUGGACCCCCGGGAGAUCAAUUGGUGGCCAAUGAUUAGAAGUGCAUAUCGUUGUUGUUUUUCCUCGGUGUAGCCAUGUAAUCUAGAAAUUUUGCUUCCCUUCUUUUGUCCUUUGCUAAAAAGACGUUGCACUUAAUGAAGUGAGGAAUUUGGUUGUUCUUGGGUUUCUUGA